AGCUUGGAAGUUGGAACCCACCUUUCUCUUUUUUACCCCUUUCUUUCUCUUUAUUUCUCUCUUUGUGAGAAUUGAGAAAAGGGGGAAUACGCUCUCCGAGUGAAACCCUUGGCCGGAGACGAGAGCAAUGGAUUUCUCGGAGCAAGACGUCGAUGUAUUUGGCGAGGAGUAUGGUCAGGAAGAAGACGAAGAUGAGGAUCAUCGUGAUAAGACAACGACCAAGGAGGAGGAAGAGGAUGACGAGGGCAGCCGUGAUUCUUCGGCUUCUUCUUCCUCUUCAUCUUCGUCAUCUAGUAGCGCUGCCAGUGAGAGCGGGAAGAGUAAGGGCAGCGCUACUAGUAGCAGUAGCGAUGGAGAGGAAGAGGAUACCGCUGCGGCCGCCAGCAGGGUUGGGUAUGGGGAGUAUGAGGAGGUGAAGGAGGACGAGGAGGAGGAGGAGGAGGUGGAGGAGGUGGAGAGGGAUCUCUUUGGUUCCGAUAAUGAGGAGUAUGUGCGGACACCUGCUAAUAGCCCGUUUUCUGUUCCAGUGCUUCCUAUUAUUCGAAAUACAAACAACCAUAGCAGGGGUAACUUUGGACGAGGGAGAUGGCAGUCUGGGCACCCUAAUGAUAGAGGAUCGUAUCCUCCCCUCCUUCCACGCCCCGGAUCUUAUCCUCAAAGACAAAACUAUGGUUUUGGAUCUAAGUUUUCCCAUGGAAAUGGACGACAAGAUGAACGUUUUGUCAGCGACUUGAAGCUUAAUAAAAGUGAAGAAACUUUGUCCAGGAAAGUCAUUCAAAUGCAAGAGCCUUCUGAGCUUGCAUGCUACAGCCGGAUUGAAGGUGGGGAUGUAUAUUUUGACGACCGAAGCUUGAGACUUUUUAAGCGCCUAAUUUCUGAGGAUGUUGGGGCAAAUCUGAACAAAGGGUUUGAAACAUUUGUAGAAAAAAGAGAAUUGGGCAGUGAGGGAUUUGGUGAUCUUCUUGCUUGCAUAAGGAACAAAAGCAUCCCCCUUCAGAAUAUUCAUUUUGUGACAUUCAGGAACAACCUCAAUAAGAUAAUGGCUACAGCGUAUAUUAAAAAUGAGCCAUGGAAAAUGGGUGUUCAUAAAAGAAAUGGUGUUGUGUAUCUUGAUGUGCAUAAACUUCCUGAGAGGCCACAAAGUGAAUUGGACCGCCGAAGAUGCUAUUGGGGGUAUUCUUUUGAGAACCUUGCAACUGAGAACUCUAGAGAUAUAGAUGCAGGCGGCAAAGGUAUAGAUGCAAAUGUGGAAUUUUGUGCUGUCAUUAAAACUAAAUUAGGUGCACACCGCAUCAUUAUGGGUGCUGAGAUGGACUCAUGUGAUGCCACUGAUGAUGGGAAGAGGUUCUAUGUGGAACUGAAGACCUCUCGGGAGUUGGAUUACCGAACUGAAGAAAGAUAUGAAAGAGAAAAGCUUCUAAAAUUUUGGAUCCAAUCUUACCUGGCUGGCGUCCCCUAUAUUGUUGUCGGAUUCAGGGAUGACAAAGGCGUGCUCGUCAGAACUGAAAGGCUAAGAACUAAAGAAAUUACACAAAGGGUGAAGAUGAAAGGCUACUGGCAGGGAGGUGUAUGUCUUGCUUUCACAGAUGAGGUCUUAUGCUGGCUAUAUGGAACUGUCAAAGAGAAUGAAGACUACAUUCUGCAGUUUGUUCAGCCGUUCAAUCGGUUGGAGCUUCUCCGAGCAAAUUCUUGUCCCGGUGUGAUCGCAGACCAUGUUGAGCAACUUUCAGCACAAUAAAGCACUAUACCUCAUCAUUUCUUUAGGAACAAGAGAUCGACGACAUUCAUAAUAUAUUCACUAUAAUUAUCGAACUUAUAAAAGAAAAGUCAUGUGAGCUUGUACUAAUAACACUCGAUGAAGCAAUUCGAUUACCAGAAACGGUGGAAGAAGCACCUUGAGAGAACUCAAGAGAAACGAAACAAGAAAAAGAAAAACCGAUCUAACCAGUGACUAUAUAUAACGCAGUCGUUAUCGAUAUUCUUCUUGUAUGAAUUUUGAGCUAAGAGCUACAAUUUUGUAGUCAUAAAAAGCCUCAUGUGGGGUUGUGAACUUGUCAUCAUUCUCUAUAAACUUUGUUGUGUGGUUCUAAUUAAGUUCAAUUAGCAAUGCUACUUUGUGUGAUUCAGUUUAUAUAUGUAUGUAUACACACACUGGAUUCUAGUCCUGGUUUUGCUCCCUUUGAUGGUGGUGUUAAUAAUGGAAGCCGUGUUGUUCU